GAAACGUUUUUUCAUCUGCAAUAUACGACAAGUUCUUGAUGGGAGAUGACGUUGAUGAACAGGAAGAAGUCAAAAUUUCACCGUUGCCAUUUUUGAAAGGCUAUAUCUGUGUAAAUUUACUGAAAUGCUAGUGACCUGAAUUCUUAAAACAGGUGGCUGAUAUCUAAAAGCUUAUAUAGUUUCUAUACUAGGAUAAGGAAUGGCAGCAGCAACAAAAAGGCUUGCAGUUGUCACUGGUGCAAACAAAGGGAUUGGAUUUGAGAUAUGCAAGCAAUUGGCUUCUAAGGGGAUAACAGUGGUGCUAACAGCAAGGGAUGAGAAAAGGGGUCUUGAAGCUGUUGAAAAAUUGAAAGAAUCUGGUCUUUCUGACCAUGUGGUUUUUCAUCAGCUUGAUGUGACUGACCCUAAAAGCAUUGAAUCGCUUGCGAAUUUCAUCAAAACCCAGUUUGGAAAACUUGAUAUCUUGGUGAAUAAUGCUGGAAUUCAUGGAGCAGAUGUAGAUGGUGAAGCCUUUUCAGCUUUAGUUGCUGCUGGGGUACCAAUUGCCAAUGCUGAAUGGAGAAAAGCUAUAACUCAAAACUAUGAAUCUGCAGAAGCAGGCAUUAGAGCAAACUACUAUGGUGCCAAAGGAACGUGUGAAGCACUUAUUCCUCUUCUAGAAUUGUCAGACUCGCCAAGGAUUGUUAAUGUUUCCUCCUCCAUGGGGAAGUUAGAGGAAAUACCAAAUGAAUGGGCUAGAGGAGCCCUAAGUGAUGUUGAAAGCCUAACAGAAGAAAAGGUGGAUGAGGUUUUGAAUCAAUUUCUAAAAGAUUUUAAAGAGGGUUUAUUAGAAAGCAAAGGGUGGCCUUCUUUUUUAUCUGCAUAUGCAGUUUCAAAAGCUGCUUUGAGUGCAUACACAAGGAUUCUUGCCAAAAAGUACCCAUCUUUCUGCAUUAAUGCUGUUUGCCCUGGCUUUGUGAAAACAGAUCUCAACUACAACAAUGGCUAUAUUAGUGUUGAUGAAGGUGCUGAAAGUGUUGUAAGGUUGGCUCUGCUACCUGAUGGAGGUCCUUCUGGUCUCUUCUUUUUUCGAAGUGAAGUGGCUCCAUUUUGAUCCAAAGUCUGUUGAGUACUUAAGAGAAUAAAUAAUAAACUAUGUUCAUGUUAGGGCAUCUAAGAAAUCUGAACCUUGUACAAUAAGUGAGACACUAUAGUGAAUUGCAAAUAUUAUAUAAACAUUCAAUGUGUUCCUAAUAGUUGUGAGCUACACAGUUAUUGUUGUUAUCAUUUUGAGAAAUCUUAUUUAAGAUACAAUGUUAACUCUUUGAAAGAAAUAGAUAAUAGAUUGGGAUGGAGUAGUGCUAAGUAAAUAUAGUGUGUUAGAGAGGAAUAAGUGGGUGAAAUGCUGAAUCAGUCUAUGAAAGACUUAAAAGAGAUAUCUCAUAUAUAAGAUAAUAUUGCUUAC